AAGCGGGAUGUGCGUAGGCAGUCAGUGUUCUCGGAGCAGACCAGGACUGUACGCCUAUACGCCAGACAACCGAGGCGGAAGUGCCGCCACGUCUCAGACCUGCCUCUGUAGCCUCCUGCUCCUGCUCCCGCUGGUCAUCCUGCUGCUUCAGCGAUGAUGGACCACCACCACCUCCAAUCAGACUCUGGAGUCUAGAGCAGGGCUGAACUAUGUGGAGGACAAAAACAGUGUUUUGUAAGGGAAACAUAACUUUGACAAAAAAUGAAAGACAUUUUGGGCAAGGACUGGACAACCUUUUGUUUGACCAAGAGGAGCAAAUUUGACAAUGACAAUAUGUGCUUGAUUUUGCUCAGUUUUCAUGUCUUAUUUUGAGUGUGAUUCAGUUGGUUGAGCUGGUUUCAGUGGAUUCUUGGGAUGAGGAUGAUUAGAAAAGAUGGAGAGGAGGAAGAUGAAGAAGAUGAAAAGAAGUGAUGACUGAUUGUGAUGAAGAUGAUAACAAUUUAUUGGCUUUCUAUCAGGUCCAUUUGGUUCUAGUCACAGGUGGCAGAGCUCAGUGAAAAAGGUUCGGUGCCCCGAUACGUGGUGCAUUCAACAAGGCCUUUAUAGUUCAUUUUUAACUGGAGUCAAGGUUGUCUACCUUAAAUGUUGUGUAAGCUGUAAAUAUUUGUGUACAUUAGCUAAACGACUGGCACCAUAUUGAGCCAUGAAUGUACAGUAUAAUACUAUAUUGGCAAUGAAUCCCCCAUAAUCUGUGGUGUAGUCGUCCAGAUGUUUUGAUGUUUUGGCGUUAAAAGACAUAUUCAGUAGGAUUUGUCUGAAAAAAUUGCAGAUAAUUUAUCACAGUCCUGAAACAUACAAGAUAUUGUGAUUGGAGCCUUUAGCUCCGUUUCACUGUGUACCCAAGCACUUCAAAAGAAAAAUUCUUUAACAACUCGCCAUCUUUGUAAAGAAAUAAGCAGAAUUCCUUUUAACAAGCACGAGUCCUGUAAUUUUCCCUGCAAUGAAGAAAGAAAGCUGCAUGUUAUUCUGGCUCAUCUGAUUGCAGUUACCACAAAAACGCUCCACAGAGAAUGUGCUGGGACACAGCAAUGCUAGAGCCGACUCCUUAUUGCAGAACUCCUCUGUUUAGUAUUGAAGACUCAGGACAGAGGCUGAUCUACAGUGGCUCAAACCGGAGCACUUACUACACCGUAUGCUUUUAACAUUUGUAACAGCUGACAUUACCCCAAGUACUCUGAACAACGAUGACAACACGUGUCACAAAAAAAACCCAUACUUUUUGUUUUUCUACACAGAACAAGAGAUUUUCGAAAUAUUCACAACAUGUACAUUAGCUACCACCAUUAGCCUGGCGAUAUACGGUAUCAUUUACUUGGCAUGCCUUUGUUUCAGUCUGGACUGUUACUGGUACAAUCAGAAUACAAAAAUGGCAAACCUCCUGCACACAUUCACACACACUGGGGUUGUGUAUUCAACUGAUCUCUCUCCAUCAGCACCUCUCAAGUUUUGUCAUUUACACAUAUCUUGUUGCAUCCUCAUAUAUCCAGUAAAUCCCCCUGCAGAACCACAAUGUUUUUACACUUUGGUUUUUGUAGUUUAAGCAAAAUUAUGUGUGAAACCAUUAUGGAUAACUUUGGACAGAACAGCUGUUUUCAGUUUUUGUGCUGAGCUAAGCAGCUGUAUUCCUCUAUUUAUUCUAUAGAAAUGAGUGGAUCCAUCUUCUCAUCCAACUGUCAGAAGUUCCCAAAAUGUCAAACGACUGCUUUAAAUACAGACUACAUCCAUUUAAAGGCUUCUCUUCCUGUCAUCACAAAGUCACCUGAUACAGCUCUACAUCUGUAUAUACAGGUUUUCAUCUAUAGCUCAGAAAUACACGACCAGCCACCAACUGUUUUCUGUGGCCACCAGAUUUAAUCACCACUCACUUCCUGGUCCUGUUUCCACUGCAGGACAACUCAGUAGGUCCCUCACCCGUUUACAAACACCACCUCUUUCCAAAUAGGAACAUUGAAUCUAGUAGUGUUUUGGGUUUUUUCUAUUAAAAGGCUUAGACCUUUAGCUGCAAUGCAGCUAUAAAUAAAUAUAUAGCUCUUGUUAACAGCCACUGACAGUCACAUCUGGCCCUGCUGGGGGUAAACAGGGCCACAUAUUGUGUGUGACGACAGUCUUGCACCAGUCAAGAGGUUUGGAAUUAAUGAAUGGUGUAUUUUCCUGCUGCUUGUGUUUCAAGUCUGAUACAACAGAAUGCAACCUAGCAGCAGGCACAUGCAUAGAGCAAACAGAGUUUCUAAACUCCUAAAUUCUUCAGUGUAUAGGGCUCACCUUUCAUUUGUAUGUCUAAAUGGACCCUCUUCUACAUCACAUGGCUUUCCUAAAAUGUGCCCUGUUCUGUAUUUAAAUUAUGUGAAAUUAAAGUUUUGCCUGAAUUUUACUGAGAUGUGGGACGACACCUGUGGCCACCAUGAUCUACCACAUGGAAAAAUACUGUAUAUCAUCACACAGCACAGUCUCUGAGCUGCCUGUCUGUGAUCAGCUUUACAGAUUUACAGAGUUACUGCAAAGGUCUCCACACCGCUUACUGCACAAAUAUAAGACAUGUAACUUUAACUCCAGAGACUAUAACUGUCUGGCUUAUUUGGCAGCCAGCAAACCUGUAAUCAUUUUUGUGUCUCCACCUGCAGGAGACAAACUCAGUGCUUAUGUGUUGUGCAAAUUUUAUUUGUGUCCAACUGCUGGCUUUAAGAUGAGAAGAAUCCCUCUCUUCUCAUUUACACACAGACAUACACACAACCUUUUAAGAUACUGGUCAAUGUGUACAGGAGGCAGUAGCUGCUAAAGCCACUGAUUUAGUGGUGCAUGGUGUUGUCCCAUAAAAACUGUUGACAAGUGAGACUUCUGUGCAGGAAAGCACAGUGCCAAAUCGAUAAUCUCUACUGUCAUAUUGAGUUUUUCCCUCAGCACAGACUGUGGAACAGAAUGGGAGUUGCGGAAGAUGAAGAAGAUGAGGGACAAAAGAGAAACUUUGAGAAUGAAUUGAUCCGAGGCCAUUGGGGGCUGAACUGUGUUGGUCAGUAACACAGAAUAAAGUAUUUGGUUUUUGAACUGCACUUUUGUUCAGAUGUUUACAUUGUUGUUGCAAAGGGCCAGAAAACUUUUCAUAGCACUUCCUAUUGACCUAAUGCACCACAAUAUUGUUGUAUGUCUACUGAACGUCAACCAAAGGGGAGAUUCUGCUUGUUUAGUCAUAAUGAAUAAGGUAUUUAACCUUAAAUCAACCACUGAUCCAUGUGCAGGACUUUGUCUCAAGGUUUCCCAAUCAAAAAUAAUCUAUUUCUUGUAAGUGGGUGUUGUCAUAACAUGGGCGAGGAAUGAAAUGACUAAAGACACAGACACACAGGUGUUAUCACUCUGGCUGAUUAUACCUCUGCUCAGGGUGGAUUUGGGUUGAGUUAUACUGGGAAUUACACAGUCACCAAGGUUCAUGUGCCACUAAGAGUGAUAAAGGUUACUUGAACGUGUACUACAAAACUGACAGCACAUAUAAAGACGCAUAUUUCAGUAUGGUUUCAGAGUUUUUUUUCUUGCUACUGCAAAGGCUGUGUGGAUGUUUUUAUGUUUUGUAUUAAGAAGCGUAGGUCCAUCACUUAUCACAGAGACAGUACAAGGACAAUUUAACUUACUCCCAGGAUGCUGAGAGCCUUCAUGCCGGGGCGGGGGAGACCUGACCAUUGGGCCUUCAUCAGCUUGGACCAGGUGGAAAAGAACGGGUGAUUGGUUUAUGAUCCGCCAUACUCUCUCCUGAUUGGACAGAAAAGUGUGAGAAAGAAGAGGAUGAGAGGAGAGAGAGCGGAGAUUCUCCAGCACUCUCUCAGCUCCAGUCCCCGCUGACUCUGCCGGUGUCACAAUCACAUACUGAGGACUGAGAUGUAACCAGAGGAAUACAGUGUGUUCCUGUAGGAUUUCUUCUGACAGCCGGAUAACUGGAGAGGACAUGCGGAGAGUUAUUGUGGCCAUGCCGGCCACUUGGUUUGCGGCACUUCUCUGUGUGAUUACCUCGGUGUGCGCAGUGGAAGAGACAGUGAUGGAUACAAGGACGGCGACAGCUGAGCUUGGCUGGAUUUCGUUCCCUGCCAAUGGAUGGGAGGAGGUGAGCGGCUAUGAUGAGAACCUGAACACCAUCAGGACGUACCAGGUGUGCAACGUGUUUGAGCCCAGCCAGAACAACUGGCUCCUGACUACUUACAUCGACCGGCGGGCAGCACAGCGCAUCUACGUGGAGAUCCGCUUCACUGUACGUGACUGUGCCUCCAUCCCCAGUGUCUUGGGCUCCUGCAAAGAGACAUUCAACCUUUACUACCUGGAGACUGACAGGACUGUGUCAGAGAGCAUCAAGGGGGUGGAGUACUGGGCAAAUGCCCCCUUUCUAAAGGUGGACACUAUAGCAGCAGAUGAGAGUUUCUCCCAGGUUGAUUUUGGCGGAAGGCUAAUGAAGGUGAACACAGAAGUUCGUAGUUUUGGGCCGCUCUCCAGAGGCAGAGGUUUCCAUUUGGCCUUCCAGGAUCUGGGUGCUUGCAUGUCCCUUCUGGCUGUUAGGGUAUUCUAUAAGAAAUGCCCCAGUGUAGUGCAGAACUUUGCUUUUUUCCCAGAGACACUGACUGGAGCAGAGUCCACCUCAUUAGUCAUUGCCAGAGGAACUUGUAUUCCCAACGCAGAGGAAGUGGAUGUGCCCAUAAAGCUCUACUGUAACGGAGAUGGAGAGUGGAUGGUUCCCAUCGGCAGCUGCAGCUGCAAGCCAGGUUAUGAACCAGACAAUGACAACGUGUGUCGAGCUUGUCCUCAGGGCACCUUUAAGUCCUCCCAGGGGGCAGGAUUGUGUCAGCAGUGUCCGCUUAACAGUCGCUCCACCAUCGAGGCUGCCACCCUCUGUGGCUGUCGGAACGGUUAUUACCGUGGAGACAUGGACAAACCUGAAGACAUGUGCACCAGUGUCCCUUCAGCUCCUCGCAAUGUGGUCUCUGUCAUCAACCAGACAUCCGUGCUGCUGGAGUGGCACCCGCCACGUGACACGGGGCACCGUGAUGACCUGUCGUAUAACAUCUUAUGCCACAGAUGCCACAGCAGUGAGCGACGGGCUUGUCAGCCAUGUGAUGACAGUGUGGGGUUUGUUCCGGGCAGGCAGGGGUUAAAGGAAACAAGAGUGGAGAUCAGUAGGCUACGGGCCCACACGUCAUACAUCUUCGACAUACAGGCAAUCAAUGGUGUCUCCAACAAGAGCCCUUACCCCGCCCAGCAAGUGUCCAUCAACAUCACAACCAAUCAGGCUGCACCCUCAGAAGUUCCCAUAAUGCACAAAGUCAGUUCAACGAGCCGCAGUUUCUCAUUGUCAUGGCAACCACCCGAGCAGCCAAACGGAAUUAUCCUCGACUACGAGAUACGAUAUUAUGACAAGUCCCAGUCAUCAGUCCUGAACAGUUCAGUGGUCCAGAGCGAGACCUCCAGUGUGCUUCUAGAAGGACUGAGGCCCGGGACAGGCUAUGUGGUUCAGGUGAGGGCCCGCACAGUGGCUGGCUACGGAGUUUUUAGCAAGGAGAUGCUCUUCCAAACUCUCACCGACGAUGAGUAUAAAUCAGAGUUGGGACAGCAACUCUCUCUGAUCGCAGGCUCUUUAGUAGGUGGAGUGUGUAUCAUCUCGCUGGUAGCUGUCGCCAUCAUCUGCACCAGGAGAAGGCAGUUGAAGGAGAAUGUGUACGGUGACAAGCUGCAGCAGUACAACACAGGAGGAGAGGUGACUCUGAGACCGGACAUGUUCAGCGGCCCCACCCCCACCGUGACCUUUCCCUCCCUGUCUGAGGGUCACAGUUCACCAGGGGUCAAGAUCUACAUUGACCCCUUCACCUAUGAGGACCCAAAUGAGGCAGUGCGAGAGUUUGCCAAGGAGAUCGACCCCUUCUGUGUCAAAAUAGAGGAAGUCAUUGGAUCAGGUGAGUUUGGGGAGGUGUACAAAGGCCAGUUAAAGCCUGUUGGGAAAAAAGAAAUUACCGUGGCCAUCAAGACCCUGAAGGUGGGCUACUCUGAGAGGCAAAGGCGGGACUUCCUGGCUGAGGCAUCAAUCAUGGGCCAGUUUGACCAACCAAACAUCAUCAGGCUGGAGGGCGUGGUCACCAAGAGCAGGCCUACGAUGAUCAUCACCGAGUUCAUGGAGAAUGGAGCCCUUGAUUCAUUUCUCAGGCAGAAUGAUGGGCAGUUCCCAGUGAUCCAGCUGGUUGGUAUGCUGAGGGGCAUCGCGUCUGGAAUGAGGUACCUGGCAGAGAUGAGUUAUGUUCACCGGGACCUGGCAGCUCGGAACAUCUUGGUUAACAGUAACCUGGUGUGUAAGGUGUCUGACUUUGGCCUGUCACGAUAUCUAGAGGAGGACACCUCUGACCCCACCUACACCAGCUCACUGGGUGGUAAAAUCCCAGUGCGGUGGACAGCUCCGGAGGCAAUCGCCUACAGGAAGUUCACAUCCGCUUCAGAUGUCUGGAGUUAUGGGAUUGUCACCUGGGAGGUGAUGUCAUAUGGAGAGAGGCCUUACUGGGACAUGAGCAACCAAGAUGUGAUAAACGCCAUAGAACAGGAUUUCCGGCUGCCAGCUCCCAUGGACUGUCCGGUAGUGCUGCACCAGUUGAUGCUGGACUGCUGGCAGAAAGACAGGAAUGCACGGCCAAAGUUCCCUGAUAUUGUCAGCAUGUUGGACAAAAUGAUACGCAAUCCUGCAUCUCUCAAAACCGGUACCAACAACAUGGCCCCAGGUCCUCCCCAUCAUCCCUUGUUAGACCGUGGAGCUCCAGACCUGAGCAGGGUGAGCUCAGUGGAAGAUUGGCUGGCUGCUCUGAAGAUGACUCAGUAUCGAGACUCCUUCCUGGGCUCAGGUUUCACCUCGUUGCCACUUGUCACACAAAUCACAGCUGAAGACCUUCAGAGGAUCGGUGUCUCUUUAGCUGGACACCAGAAGAAAAUCUUGACCAGUGUUCAGUCCAUGAGGCACCACACUGAUGACCAGUCUCCUACUGAAUCUGUAUAACCAGACAGGGGAGUGAUACAGUAUGAAAUAUUUUGACCAGUGAACAGUCUGUGUACACACAGCCUGUCAUCUUUACCCCUCUACGCACUGUGGUUUGCUACUAUUAGCCACUUUACAGGCUUUGAAACAAUCAUGUUGCCAUUUAUUUGUCUCAGUGGCCAGAUCCCUCCUUCACUUAUUGGACUGACUUUUUUCAUGCCAUUUGGAUUCCCAAAUUGAUUUCAACUAAAUGCUUCCUGUAAGGAUUUAAUGACCAGUGUCUAAGCCUAAGGGGGCUACAAUCUCAAUCCUUCAUUCCCUUUCACUCAAACACUGCCCGCAAGAUAACUUCCAUCCCCUCCCUGAAAUGCACAGAUCGAUUGUUGCUUCCUUUAUUCAGGAAUGAUGAUCUGGUUUUUAUGUAAGGAUGAAAACACAAACACUGCUGUGAAGAGAGAAGUGUCUGACAUUUACUGUGUGAAGGAGAACCAGUUGGACCAGGAGCGUGACAAACCAUCUGUAAAACAGUUUCUUGCGACAUGAGCCACAGCAGACCUUGUUACAGUAUCUCUCAUAUGUUUUGCUUGCACAUGUUGGUGAAUAUUGCUACCAUUUGAAUCUAGACAAGAGCCAACAGUUAAAUGGGAUGUUUCUGAUUCCAUCUUCAUAUUGAAGAGUUUGUACAUAUUACGAUAUGGGAGGUUUAUUUCCUGUUUAUUUACUUUCACUGUUGCCAGCACCAUCGGACACUUGUCACUGGAGUAUUUUGUGAGUUUUCUGUGAUUAUCUUCCUUUUCCUGACUCAACGCUGGAACUGAAUUUGACUCGGACUGUUCAGUGCAGCCAUUAAGAGAUAAACUCCUCUGUCUAGGGAGCUAGCUACUUAAAAUACAUAAUUCAGAAGGAACUGGUAAUGGAUAAUGUUUUACAAUCAGAUCACAAAUGCCCUUUGUGUAAAGAAAAUGGCAACACAAAUCAGAUGAAGAAUUAUACUCUGUAGCUCUGUCUUUUUCCAAGCUAGGAAGCAAGGUACUUGUAUGCUGGGAAGUAAAGAAGAAGAAGAAGAAAACCAGCUUAUGAGACUGUGUUUAUUACCAGCUGCUGAGAUGCACCUGUUGUGAACGAACUGCAGUGGCCAGAGAAACUCAAAAGACAGAAGGUAUUCUCAUCCAGUGUUCUUGUGAUUUGGCUGCAAGCCCUAAAGUUGACGGGCAGUCGAGCAUUAACAGAGCGCCUAAACAAACCAGAAAUUCGAUGCUCAUGUUCUGUCCACGCAGUAAACAGAUUUCAUUUUUGUCAGAAACGUAUGGCUGCAGUCCAGAUGAUAAUCAUUACUCUUCAGCAGGUGGGCUGCCGGUCAGGGUCCCUUUGUAUUAAUCCAGUGUUGUCAGAGUCUCUUUUAAUAGUCACAUUUCCCAUUUGACAUCACUGAUUAAUAAUGUUAUGUCAGUUUGCAGAUGAAAUGACAGGACGUGGCCUAUUCAGUCUCAUCUGCAGACAGCAACCUUUUCAGCAUUGGGCCUUAUGCAGUGCACAUUUACAAGCAGUAAAGAUAGAUUUUUCAUUCAUGUCAGAUAAAAGUAACAAGAUAUUGUGGGUUUUUAAUGCUCAGAUGUGAUGUUUGACGCACUAGUCUUCACAGAAUAUGAUAUCAGGAAGGCCUGAUCUCACUCCAGGGCGCACUGGUGUAGAAGCACUGUGAGAUUUCUUUUAUCCCAGCGCUGAGCAGAUAACCAGCUGUGAAACAACGGCAGGCUUGCUCUCCCCUAAGCCCAUACCUCUGGUCAUGCAUGUGCACCCAUAUCCCAACGAUUACCAGUCAGCAGCAUUGAUCGGAUGUUGUGAUUAUAUUUGUCAUCCGCUGCAAGCCGUGCUCACGGUGACAGGAGUGACUGCGUUUAAUUGUUUGCUUUCAACACGUUUCGGCCUGUAGGACAAUAUGUUUGUGUUCGCCCCGCACCACUGCUCUCCACUGCUGGGAUGAACCAAAGUCCUUUAAUUAUGAACACUGUGACACUGAAAGGUCUGCAACUAUUUUAAACCGCCAAACAUUUCAGUUUCCACUUUUCCAUGAAAAUCCACUGGCGUAUCCGGAAUUGCGUUUGUUGCCUGGCAACAACUGCUUAUUGAACAUUUUAUCAGGAAGUACUGAGAUCAACUGGGAGCAUGACACUGGUGCAGAGGCAUAAUUUGCUGCAAGUUGAUGCCUCUGGAAAACAGUUUCAGCGCUGGCUCGGGGGUUUAAUAAACAGUGAGGCAACUAGUGUGCCUAAAAGCCCAUAUUGAAUGCAACCUUAAAAAAAAACUGCCAUACAGAAGAAAUGAAAGCUAUCAACACAGACGGGCAUCUUAAUACAUUAUGUAACAUCUUUAGAGAACUGUCUGCCUCAUGUUUUUUUCUUCUGCCACUUAAUGAUGUUAGAGACAUUUUACAUUACUGUAACAGUAUUUGUGAAAAGACACUGAAGGCGUACGAGUGACGUCUUGGUUUGAGCACAAUAUUCACCACAGAGAGGGUAUCUCAGGAACACGAUGGGCAGGAGUGUUAUUGGUAAAUCAUACACUGUAUAAAAGGAUUAAGCCAAGAUUAAGUGAUUUAAGAGUCAUUGGAGAAAACUUUUUUGAUGUUAGUUUUAUGAAGUGCUUAUUAAAGGUUAAAUCCACCCUAAAUCCACCCCUUGAAAGAGAAGCAUACUAAACCUUUGUUCUCCGUUUGUUUAUGUGUGUGGGCAUGACUGACACGACAAGUUUUCAAUGAUGAACAGAGUUAAUACUCUGUCUGAUUAUAUAUCUGCUGAAUGCUUGGGUUCAUCGUCUAGUUCAAGGGAAAAUGUAAGUUGUGUUUUUAUCCUUUUUAUUUGAAAUUGAGUUUUUAUAUCAAAAGUUUUAAAUGUUUGUCAUUUUUUCUUUUUCUCUUUAUUUUUUGAAGGAUCUUUUGUUGGGGCGAAAAAACACCACCAACCUUCCAGCAAAUGUCCCUCCUUGAAGUUUUUGAAAUUCUUUUUCUAUUUUGUAAAUUUAAGCUUUUGGGUUGACUGUUGCUUGUCAAACUGAACCUUGGGAGUUGUCAUUAACUUUUUCUCUUAAGUUUUUAUGUCUACAGGCUUGUAUCUUUUAACUGUUUCUUUUAAAUCAAAGAAACCAAUAUUUGCUAAUAUGUUUGUUAAUCUGUUAAGUGUUAAUACUGAUCAUUGAACCAGGAGAAUUUCAGGCUCAUUCAAGUUGCUUUAACGCUGCACCAUUAUUUCAUAACACGCACCCAACUUCUGAAGGUAUUUCUUGACCCCUCUGACUCUUCGAAUGAUGCGGAAUUAAAGAUAAUCCGGUCCAGAUCAGGAAAAAUAUCAUCUGAAUCAUUUUCUCAAAUUAUGUCCAUUCGUCUCAUAUAAACAAAGGUGGCGAUAGGAAAUGAUGUCAUCUCACUGGCUUUGUGUAAAAGCAGCUUGACUUGCACCAAGAAAAAGCAAGGCAGACACAUCAAAAAAACUCUUUCACUGCCACAGUUUAUGUUGUCCCUGGGGUUAAAAUGGUCGGCAUGUUUCAAUUUUGCACAUUCACAGAAGGUUAUGUCUGUGACUGGAGUGUACAUAAUAUAAACAUGAAUGGGACUUUUACUUCCAGAAUCAAGGUACCCGAAAUAGCUCCUCACACUUUCAUGGACAUCUUACUGCGCUCAAAAAGAUUGACGUGUUAGCAUAUAGCAUUACCCGAUCAGUUCAUAAAGUAGAAUUAGGGUGUAUCUGUGACCACAGCUGCCGCCUCUGUGAAACUCUACAUUUUAUGAAGCUACAGUGCAUUCUGGUUUACAGGGAUUACAGUGGAUAGAAACGAUUAUGAUGAGUUUCACCUUGUUCUUUGCUGAGUGGUGCUAUAAAUGCCAGCUGCAGACAGAGGCCCUCACUCGUGGAUUCUGAAGGACUGACACCAAAACCUGACAUUUACUGCAGAUACAGCUGCAGACUGUAAACUCCAUUCAGACUCCACUGUAACUGUGCUGGAAAUAAACCAACAUGAUGUCACAUUAUGUUUGUCCAGUUAAGCACAGAAAUAGGAAAAAUAAACUACUAAAGAACAAAAUAGGCCCAAGGUGAAUGCAAUAGGGUGGAUUUAUCAUUUAAUUCCAGUUACUUUCUGGAAGCUGGGCCAACUCAGCUCUCCUGUUGCUCUGGUGUAAUAAAUACUGUAUGGGAGGCUGGAGAUGAGAGGGCCUGAGUUAUGAAAAAAGUGAAAGGGAAUAGGUAAUAGAAGGGGCAGGAGGAGAAGAGAAAGGUAACAUAAGAAGAGAGAGAAUGAAGGGGGGAGCAGCAAGGGGUUUGAAUAAAAAUGAGGCUGGGUGUGGAGAGAGAUUAUGCUUUUCUCUCUCUCUCUCUCUCUCUCUGUUGCUGCUUUGCCCGGUUAUCAUUUAUUCCAUAACUGUAAAAGUAAUGACCUUCUACUUAAAAUGUUAUCUCAUUUUAUCUGCUAACCUUUACUCCAUAUGUCCAGUCAUUCAGUGUUUCAUCAGACAAACAUGAAGUAAACAGUGUGGCUGUACACACUCUAAAUAGAGGUUUUCUCCUUAUUAGUGUGUAUAUUUGCUUUUUCUCAGGCACCACCAUGAUGCUAACUUGUGUGUGUGUGUGAGAUAUCAUGACAGCUAUAAGGUUGUCAUGAAAUUUGGCACAGACACUCAUGCACCCAUCUGUGUGUUAUAAUAACUUUGGUGAUUUCAUAACAUGCUCCGCCAUCAUCAUGACCAAGUACCUAUUAUUAUACCUACAAAACUAAUCACAUUCCCAUCAACCUCAGCUGUACCUUAAUUAGCAAAUGUUAGCAUGCUAACAGGAAAAAUAAAAUGGUGAACAUGGCAAGCAUUAUACCUGCUAAACACCUCAGCAUGUUAGCAUGCCGACAUUAGCAUUUAGCCCACAGCUGUGCAUAUCAUCUCAGAGCGGCUGACAUGGCUGUAGACUCUUAAUCAACUUGCACUUCUUAAAAAUAUAUUUACACAAACCCUUGCUUGUUCUGUUGUGGGUUUCCAGGAGUGCUUUUAUCCUCAAACUGUGAACAGUCUUUUCCAUCCAAAUGUAAUAUUUGCUUUAAGACCCAAGCAUAAAGGGACAGAUUUUUCAUUUUAGCCUUAACCUUUGCUCAGUGUGUCUUUCACAGUGUUUCAUACAACAUUCCUGAACUGAAAGUCUUGUAUUUUUUAUGUUAAUUUAUUUUUUCUAUUGCUUGCCAUACUUUUCAUUAUGUAUUUACUGUAGGAUUUCACUUGAAAACAGAAAAACUGCUCAGUAAUCAGUUGUAGUCUGCCUUUAUUUGUUUACCUUCAAUACUGUUAUAGGUGUUACUGCUCCUGUAGUGAGAGCAACCCACUGUAAUGUAUUUUAAUACUGUAAUAUAUUGUAUGUAUGUGCACGCCUGUGCAUCCUGUGUGUGUGUAAUAUAAUGUGUGCGUGCUGUUUCGUGUACGGUAAAAUGUUUGUACAUCAUGCGUAUGAGUUUGUAGCUGUUAACUUUCUGACUCUUAUUUACAAUGAGCUGUUUGUCAAUAAAGAAGACAAAUCAAUCAUGCUGAUGCAGUUUGGUAAUGAACAAAUUGGCGAGCUUGAAGGACAGACAGGAGGAAAUUGUAUUAAAAGAUAUAAUAGAAAACCAGGAAAAUGAGGAUA